UUUCCUAGAGAAGUCGGUCCUUUCCCCAGCGCUGGGGUAGGCUGCUGGAGCCCAGCCUGCGCUCCUGAGCCCGGGCCGGCGCCACGUCGGGGCCCCUGGGCUCUCCGCGCCGCCGCGCCCGAGGAGGCAGGCCCGGGCACGGUGUGCCUCCGCGCUGAGCCGCCGGACCCCGGAGGAAGGGGCGGAUCGGCGCGGGUCGGGGGAACCCGGAGGAAGGGGCGCGCGGCGCUCGAAGCUCCUGCUCGGCGGCCGGCGGCGACGGCAUGGGCAGCCCUCAGACCGCACCCCUCGAGCUGUAGAUUCUCAGCUGUCAUCUCUCUUGAUCACUGUUCCUGAUUGUCCUACUGUCCAAGCAUUAAAUUGCGUGCCUUUUGUUCCUUGAAGACAGAGCUGGUGCUAGCAACCCCCUACUCUGUCUGGCCUCCGGACCCAACUCGGAGCUCUGGAUUCAUUCCCUGUCUCCUCAUACCUCAGCCUGAGCCUUCUGUCAUCCAAAGGGCUCUACGUGAUCUUCCAUCCAAGCCUCAUUUUUCUCUCCCAAGAUGAGGACCCUGAAGGGUACAGAAGUUGAAGCUCUCCCAGCAUCAUGUAGCAGAGCUGAAACUAGAGCUUACAUUUCCCGACUUCUAGAUUAGUGUUAUUUUUACUUCAAACCAUUAACUUCUUGGUGAGUUAAUGUGGGAAAAAUUCCUGGUGUUUUGAAGAUGUCUCGGCACAGUAUGUUUCCUGUUUAAAUUACAAAUAACUUGAAGAGGUUUCAGAAAAAAAAGAAAUUGGGAGAUUUUUGUUAAAUCAUGUCAUCCGAACAGAAGCAAUUAUUUUGUGAUGAAAAACAAAAUACUUUAAAAAAAGAUUAUGAUAUGAGAAAUGAGAUCAUUGAUACCAUCAGAUUAUACCCUAAACCAAAAAUUUCAGAAAGUAGUUUUCAUUAUGAACUAAAAAAUGUAAAAAUUGAUUUGCCGAAGAUAAAUAUUCCGAAUGAAGUUAUAUUGAAACAUGAAAUCGACAGAUACAGAAAAUUAUUCCAGAGUAAACCACAGACUGCCAGGAAAUCUAUUGGUGUAAAGACUGUAAGCUGUGGAGAAGACUGUAUAUUGCUUCAUAAGUCAGAGAAAGCUGAAGAAGGAAGUAUAAAAAUGUCUGCAAAAAUACUCAGUUUCACCUGUUUAAAAUGCCGAGACAGCACUCGCUAUAGCCCAAAUGAUUUGCAGAAACACUUUCACAUGUGGCACCGUGGUGAAUUACCUUCUUAUCCUUGUGAAAUGUGCAGUUUUUCAGCAAAUGACUUCCAGGUAUUUAAGCAACACAGGCGAACUCACAGAAGCACUUUAGUAAAAUGUGACAUUUGUAACAAUGAGAAUGUAUAUACUCUAUUGGACUUGACAAAACAUUUCACAUCCACGCAUUGUGUUAAUGGUAAUUUUCAAUGUGAAAAGUGCAAAUUCUCCACUCGGGAUGUUGGCACAUUUGUUCAGCAUAUUCAUAGACAUAACGAACUCCAUUAUAAAUGUGGUAAAUGCCAACAUGUAUGUUUUACCAAAGGAGAACUUCAGAAGCACCUUCAUAUUCACUCUGGUACUUUUCCCUUCACUUGUCAAUAUUGUAGCUAUGGUGCCACCAAGAGAGAGCACCUUGUGAGACACGUUAUAACUUUGCACAAAGAGCAUUUAUAUGCAAAAGAAAAACUGGAAAAAGACAAGUACGAAAGACGGAUGGCAAAGACUUCAGGACUUAAGCUAAUACUGAAAAGAUACAAAAUAGGUGCAUCAAGAAAGAUAUUCUGGAGACGGAAGAAGAUUAGCAAUGGAAGUGAUCGAAGUAUAGAAAAAAGCAUGCAGAUACUUAAAGUGAAGAAAACACAGGCUGAAUCUGACGACCAGCACCAUCUUGUUGAAGAGCAUUUAAGUGAAGAAAAGGAUGAAAGUCUGCCCUAUGAGAAUCUUGCUGAAUCAGAGUCAGAAAAGCCAACUCUUCUAUCUGCUGCUCAGUGUAAAAGAGCUGAAGAGGAAUCAGAUGCUUCUUUAUCGAGGACUUCUGCUGCUGUACAAGGACCAACAGUGUUAAUGGUGAAAAGUAAUAAAAUAACAAUUCCUUCUAACUACAGUGCUAAGUUUAUGGGCUUUAAAAUGGUGGAUGGAAAACAGCAUAUUCUAAUAAAAUUGCUGCCUACCAGUAAACAGAAUCCACAUUCACCAGGCUCACAAUCAGAUGCUAUGAAGGACAGUGCAGUGAAUUUGCAGCCCCAGACUUUGGACACUACUGGAUUUUUAACAGGAGUAACAACUGAGUUAAGUGAUGCAGUUUAUGUGAAAACCGCUACUUCAUUUUCACGUUCAUCUCCUAUACUUUCAGGGAAAAUAAUUUCAGAAAAAGAAAUAGCUUUGCUAUCCCAAAGGAACAAUAUGUUUCAAACAGUGGGUUUUGAAAAAAGUGUGUCGUCUUUGCCAACAUCAGAACUGUUUACACCAUCAGUGGAUUUGACCACAAAAGUUGAAACAAGAAAUAAUGUUGAGUUUUGGGGAAAUCAUGUUACUCAGAGUCACCCCGAGGUAUUAGGUACUGCCAUUAGAAGUCCAGAUAAAAUGAACUGUACUACCAAACCAAAUGCAUUCACUAGUGGAGAUAUGCAUAACUAUUGUGUUAAUUAUGUCAACUCAGAGUUACCUGUUGAAUCUUCCAACCAAGGAUCAUUACCUUUUCACAAUUACUCAAAAGUGGAUAACUCCAAUAAACGUCGUAGGUUUUCGGGAACAGCAGUGUGUGAAAACUCUCAAAGAGAAUCUCCAUCAAGUAGGACAGUUGUUCAACAGCCAAUUAGCGAGUCUGUUUUAUCACUAGUGAGGAAGGAGAGCUCAAACCCAGAUAGUCUGUUAGCAUCCAUUAGCCUUUUCAAUGAUAAAGAUGGAAUGUUAAAAACGAAAGCUGAAAUGGAAGAACAGUGCUUUUUAGAAAAAGAACAAAGCAUUGCUAGACAAAACCUAUUCACUAAUGAAAAUCAAAAUGUAGAGUGUAUGACUGAAAAAUCUAAGUGGGAUGGCAUUUCUAAUGUAGAUUCACCUAUGAUGCCUAGAAUCACAUCUGUUUUUUCUCUCCAGAGUGAACAGGCAUCAGAAUUUUUGCCACCUGAAGUAAACCAAUUACUGCAAGAUGUAUUAAAAACAAAACCUGACAUAAACCAAGACUCUAGGAACACUCCUGAUAAAGGCCUGCCACUUCGCUGUGACCAGUCAUUUCAGAAACAUGAGGGAGAAGGCAGAAUACCCGAAUCUUCAAACGACUUCAAAGUACAAGAUGUUUUCCAGGUCCCAUCUGGCAGUGGGGGUAUUCAUGUGCCUGCAAAUGAUCUGAACUUAAACUGUGGUGAAAGAGCAAAGCAAGUGCUGUCGGUGCCACAAGAUUCAGAGAAGAUCCCCAGAAUUUCAGCUAUCGGCACAUUACUUAAGACUCAAUCAGAUGCAAUAAUAACACAGCAGCUUGUAAAAGACAAACUGCGAGCCACUACACAAAAUUUAGGUCCUUUAUACAUGCAGAGCCCACUUCUAAAUUCAGAACCAAAAAAAACUGUCUUUGUUCAGGCUCCAAAAGGUUUUUUGGUUCCGUUGCAUGUUGCUAACAAGCCUGGAUUACAUGUCGUUUCAGGAAGGCCACUUCCACUGGUGAAUACACAAGGUGUACCUGCUUCUCUUGUCUUAAACAAGAAACCUGGGAUGAUCUUAACAUUUAAUAGUGGGAAACUCGAAAGUGCUAACGCUGUCAAAACUGAGAAUGUGCAAGCUUGUGGGACUUUGACUAAGGAGCCUUGCAAAACACCUUUCUUAAAGGUAGAACCAAACAAUAAUUGUCUUACACCUGCACUUUGUUCCAGCAUCGGCAGUUGUUUGAGCAUAAAAAGUAAUUCAGAAAAUACUUUGUCAUUAAAAGGUCCUUACGUUAUUAAAACACCAACCAGUCCUUCAGUCAAAGUCGUUCCUCCUGCAAAUGUGCUGUCUGAGCAUCAGGGUACUAAAUUGAAUGUCUUGGAUUCAGUAAAACAACAGAAUGAGAUUUUUCCAAAACAGCCCCUUUAUACCCUCUUGCCUGAUGGCAAACAAGCUGUUGUGUUAAAAUGUGUGAUGCCAAAUAAAACCGAGCUGCUUAAACCGAAAUUAAUCCAAAAUACUACUUAUUAUCAAAAUAUACAGCCAAAGAAACCUGAAGGAACAUCACAAAAAAUAUUGCUGAAAAUUUUAAACCCUGUGUUAAAUGUGACUGCUGCUAAUAAUCUGUCAGUAACCAACUCUGCAUCCUCGUUGCAGAAAGACAGUGUACCACCUAAUCACACUAUAGGAGGAGAGCAGAAAGAGCCAGAAUCUUCUAGAGAUGCCUUACCCUUCUUAUUAGAUGACUUGAUGCCAGCAAAUGAAAUUGUGAUAACUUCUACUGCAACAUGCCCAGACACCCCUGAGGAACCAGUGGGCAUCAGUGACCAUGCAGAGGCCAGGGUAUUAAGGUGUAAAACAAACUGUACAAUUGAGAAAAGCUUCAAUAGAAAAAAGAGUUCCCAAAACAAUUUUUCAAAAAUAAAAACUCAUGGAAGAAGGAGAGAUUCUGAAACUGCCUUUGUAUCUAGAAACAGAAACUGUAAACGGAAGUUUAGGGAUAACUACGAAGAACCUCCAAGAAAAAAAGCAACAUUGCAUAGAAAAUGUAAAGAAAAGGCUAAGCGUGAAGAUGUUCAGAAACCACAGGGAUUCAGCAGGCCUAGGCUUUCAAAAGAUGCUGUCAGAACUUUGCGGCUUUUCCCUUUCAAUUCCAAACAGCUUGUGAAAUGUCCUAGGAGAAACCAACCAGUUGUGGUUUUGAAUCAUCCUGAUGCAGAUGCACCAGAAGUAGUAAAUGUAAUGAAAACCAUUGCUAAAUUUAAUGGACACGUACUUAAGGUUUCAUUGUCAAAAAGGACUAUUGAUGCUUUACUGAAACCAGUUUGUUGGAACUCUUCUGUAACAACUUGUGAUGAUUUUUCCAAGAGGCAUAAAACAUUUAAACCUCUCAGUUCCGUGAAAGAAAGAUUUGUGCUAAAAUUAACACUCAAAAAGACAAGCAAAAACAAUUAUCAGAUUGUGAAAACUACCUCUGAAAAUGUUUUGAAGGCUAAAUUUAUCUGUUGGUUUUGUGGUAGAGUAUUUGACAAUCAGGAUGCUUGGGCUGGCCACGGGCAGAGACAUUUAAUGGAAGCUACUCGUGAUUGGAAUAUGUUAGAAUAAUUUUCGAUAACCACCAAGAAGAAAAAAUAAAAUGACCUUAAAGGGUAAUAACUGGGUUGCAUUAAUACAAUGCAGACAUUUUCCACUUUGAAAUGGUACCUGAAAUUAAAACAUUUAAAAAUGUAGUUGUAUUUUACUGGAGGAGCAAAAGUUUCAUGUGUGAUAUAUGAGAAUGUUAACACCACACACGUCAGUUUUGAAAGAAACUAGUCACCGCACAGAUGUACCUUGGUUUGAUUUUUUUUUUUUAAUGUGUUUUUGGGAUGUUGGGGGUACAGAAGUUUUGAUAAAACCAUUUUCCCAAUUCUUUAGUGACUUGUAGUAGAGGGUACUGGCUGACAGCCCCAUUCCCUCUCUUCUUCCACCAGCCUUAGGAAUCUCAGUAGAGCUCCUCUGAAGAUGGAGAGCUUUUUCAUGAUGGAACUGAAGGAAUUUCUCAUUUAUGAAGAUGUACUGGGAGAGCUUGGGUAAAGAACUUACUCUCCAUCUGCUAAAUGAAGUUCUUUUGCAGGGCUUGUGGCGGCUUUGAAAGUCCUUUAACUCACUACAGUUACACCUCAUAUGCCAGAGUCUUGAACAGCCUCCAAAGGUGAUUUUCCUAUCCCAAGUGGGUCUGUCAAGCAUUACAGAUUGGCAGCCUCAAGAGAGCCUCAAGAUUUAAACUUGUCUAAAGUCCAAUUAAAGAACGGGAAUGUUCUUCUGAAUUUGUUAUCUUCAGUGAUCUUGCACAAAACUAUGUUUAUCUGAUAGAAAAUGUUUGUCUCCCGUAAAUCAAAUGGCCAUUUUUUUCUUCUUGGUUGCCAUCCCUUUUAAAAGAGUGGAACACAAAAGCACUUCUAAGGGAAUGGCUCUUCUUGAAAAUUAAAAAGUUUUCUACAGAAUAAUAUUUUGAAGCAAGAUUAACAAAGCAAAUUGUAUUUUUAUCUGUUUCAUUUGAUUUAGAUAUGUCCACAUUAGGCUAAACCAUUUUUUGUUAGCAAUUUCUCAGUGUGACUGACAGCCCAAAGCAGAUACAUACUGAUUAUUAGCAAUUGAAAAUAGGGAAUCAUUAACAGGAGACCCAGUGGCAGUGCAUAGACCUUUAGGACACAUUCCUAAGGGACAUGCACAGCGCUCUUAAAAUGGAAUCGUUUUCAUGACAAUAAAAUCAUAGAUUUAACUUUUCACCUUAUAAGUUUGGAUUAUAUUUUACUGGAUCAUUGAAUAAUGGAGUUCUCGUAUUACAGAAAUUACACACUAUGUGAUUUUUUUGUUAUAUUGUUAAUAUAAAUGUUAAUGACAUUUUCAUUGAUUGGAUGAAAACUUCAGGGCUUUUCUGUAUAUAACAAAGAAAUUAAAUCUGUACAUAUUUUUGUACCUUUCAUUUAUGUAAAUUUUGCACAGAAAGUUUUUGACAUAAAGUUUAUUUUCUUUCAGUUUAGUUUUGUGCAUGCACUAAUAAUUAAACUGGUUGUUUAAUUUAAAAGGAAUAUAUAAGACUUUACCCAUAUUUCUUAUUUUUUUUUUCAGAUGUAGAUUUUUUUUUUGAGACAAAUUCAUUUUUCAGGGAUUGAACACUAUUGUUAGCAAGUGCCUAAAAAAGAUGUGAAACAGUUUACAUAAGUCAACUGUAACAGUAGGUCCCGAGUGGGCCCAUUCCCCUCAUAGUUUUAUUUUGAAGAAAGCCAUACAGAGAUGCUCCAAGCUGUCUUGCUAUGCACAUAUACUUGUACUGUUUUUGUGCAGUUUGUCUACUUUCUUAGUGAAGUAUUUUUUGUAUAAAACCUAUUACAAUUGUGUUUCUUAAAUUGAGCCUAAGAAUGGAGUUGAUUGGAAAUAUGCAGUAUAUAUUAAUAAUGUAUAUGGUGUUUAAAGAAUGGUUAGCAUUGUUAAAUUUCUGUAAUGAGCAUUUUCUUCUAUUAAAUUUAUCUUAAGUUUGUGUUUA